AUGGCUCCCAAAACCCAUAUCUCCAAUGCGGAGAAUUUAAAAAAAUAUAUGGAGCUUGAUCAGCGGGGAAAAAUCAUGGCUGAGUACAUCUGGAUUGAUGCCACCAGCGGUGUUCGAUCAAAAACCAAGACUGUCAACAAGAUCGUCAAGUCGGCCGAGGAGCUACCAGAAUGGAACUUUGACGGCUCGUCGACAGGUCAAGCCCCUGGAGAUAACUCCGAUGUCUACCUUCGUCCUGUUGCCAUUUUCCCAGAUCCUUUCCGCCGCGGUGAUAACAUCUUGGUCCUCUGCGAGACUUGGGAUUCGGACGGUUCCCCCAACAAGUACAACUUCCGCCACGAGGCCAACCGAUUAAUGCGCACUCACGCCCACGAACACUUUUGGUUUGGUUUGGAACAAGAAUACACCCUUCUUGGCCCUGAUGGUUGGCCAUAUGGCUGGCCCAAGGGUGGUUUCCCUGGCGCCCAAGGCCCAUACUACUGUGGUGUUGGCACUGGCAAGGUUCACUGCCGUGACAUUGUUGAGGCUCACUACAAGGCUUGCUUAUAUGCCGGCAUCAACAUCUCUGGUAUCAAUGCCGAGGUUAUGCCUGCUCAGUGGGAAUACCAAGUUGGCCCUUGUGAGGGUAUUGCGCUUGGUGAUCAGCUUUGGAUGUCACGUUUCCUCCUCAGCCGCGUUGCCGAAGAAUUCGGUGCCAUCAUCUCCUUUGCCCCCAAGCCCAUUCCCGGAGAGUGGAACGGUGCUGGUCUACAUAGCAACGUCUCUACAGAGGCUAUGCGUAACGAAGGUGGUAUCAAGGUCAUCGAGGCUGCGAUGAAGAAACUUGAGGCUCGCCACUUUGAGCAUAUCGCCGUCUACGGUGAAGGUAACGAAGAUCGCUUGACUGGACGUCAUGAAACCGGCAGCAUCGACAAAUUCAGUUGGGGUGUUGCAGACCGCGGUGGCAGCAUUCGUAUUCCUCGCCAGGUCGCAAAGGAUGGCAAGGGAUACUUUGAAGACAGAAGACCCGCCAGUAAUGCCGACCCCUAUCAAAUCACCGGCAUUAUUGUUGAAACUGUGAGUUUCCAAAAUCCUCCCCAGGCUAGCACUGGAGCGUUGACUAAUGCGUCUUUUUAG